AUGUCCAAACGGAACGGAAGCAUAGCUGUGUCGGAGUCGGAUAGAAAUGAGAUCAAAUGCUACAUGGACGAUGCCGGUCCUCCAUGUCGAAGAUGUAAAGAAAAGAAGCUCAGCAACUGCACAGUCAGUAAGAACCUGCAGACAAUCAUCGACGAGAAGACAGAACUCUCUGAAGCCAUGCUGUCGGACCUGGAUCAGAUGUACUCAGCAGUAAAGGAAAUGAGAAGUAUAAUGGGUCUUCCAGAACUUCCACCCUUACAAGUCGCGCGUCUGAACAAAAGAAAAGAUACACCAGGAACACAGGUACUGGAAAAUGGUACAAGCCAAUUAAUCGAGGAUAAUUACGGCCCUUCAUGCGACAACUCACCAAAACUCACACCAGAAGACGAUCGAUUACCACAUGCGCCUAUUCACUCUCUGUACACCCUGACUCGAAUGAGGGCUCUACGAUCACCUGGAAGUGGGAAUGAAAACUCAGGCGCGGUCAUCAACGACUUCAUCUCUCAAGGAGCAAUUACUCUAUCUGAUGCCGAACGGCUCUUUGCUGUUUACAAAGACCGACUUGAUGGGUUUAUCUACUCUAUCGGAUGUCCUUACAAAACCCUCGAUCAACUUCGUCGCAAGUCCUCUAUACUAUGCGCCGCGACUCUUACCAUCGCAGCUCUUCAUGAUCCGGCCGCGGAUAAAGUCUAUGGCGUGUGUAAUUCCGAGUUGCGUCGCCUGACUGAAAAGUCGAUGCUUCAACGUCAAGGCGAUAGAGAUUACUUCCGAGCUCUCGCCAUAGCAUCGUACUGGCUGAGCGAUCUAUCCUGGACAUUGUCUGGUCAUGCAAUCCGUCGUGCAGCAGAAUGCAACAUUCAUAAUAGUUACAACCUCGCGAUAAGGGACCAAUCUGAAGAGGCUAUGGACUCUGCGCGAAUUUGGUCAAUCCUGUACAUUUGCGACCAGCAUCUUGCUAUUUUGUACGAUAGGCCAGCGAUUAUACAGGACGACUGGCUUACACAGGAUUGGGAGGGCAUUCUGAACUGUCCUUUGGCCACUGAUCAAGAUGAGAGGCUCAUGAGUCAGGUAGAGCUUAUGGGGAUACUAAGGAACAUCCGACGGUUGUUUGGUCCUGACAAGGGCGAGGAAGUGCCGAGACUUUAUCUCAGUCAAAUAGGUCAUUAUCAUCGACAGUUGGAUCAAUGGAUUGCGAAAUGGACUGCUAGACUACCAGAGGGACAUCCCGGAAUAGGAGCCUUCCCUCGCAAAGGCGCGCUCUUCCACUUCCACCUCGCUCAACUUUAUCUCUACUCUCAUGUCUUCCGAGGACAAUCAAAUACAAUACCCGGCCACUUCCUCGACACAGCCUCAAUGGCCGUUACUUCAGCAUCAGCCAUCAUCGACAUUCUCCUCACCGAUCCAGACCUCUCAACAAGCAUCGUCGGAAUCCCAUCAUAUCUCCUCUCCAUGACAGCAUUCGCAGCCAUGUUCCUAGCCAAAGUGUCUCAUAAAUAUGGUCAAGACUUCUUUAGACGUGAACAGGCUCUUGAUCAGAUCACGCGGUUAAUCCGUCAUUUCCGUUCUUUGUCAAUGGGCAAAUGGCACCUAGCUAAUCUCAUGAUUCGUGGUCUUGAAACUGUGACGAGUUUACUUACUCCCCAAGGGACUGAUAAAAUUCCACCGCAGAACGCAGUCCGAAUGUUGCCCGAGAAUGCGAAUGGGAAUGGGAAUGGUAUGGAUAUGUAUGGCAAUGGGAGUGACAUCUUCUCUGCUAUGGAUGGUACUACGAUGGCGACCUGGGAUACGCACUUUGGUCUAUCGCCAAUAUUUGGAUUUGAUCCGUCUCUCUUGGAUGUUGAUGGAUACAUGCAGUCAAUGGCCAUUUUUCCGAACCCAGAGUGA